UACUGCGCAAAUAGGGCAAAAAUAAUAUUUUUGUAUAUAUAAACUUUUGAAUCCCCCUGAUAUAAGAGACGUUUUCAUUGUAGUUACAAAGGUAGUUCAAAAAUUGCUUUAGGUCACAAGUUCAAAAUUUUUGAAUUCCCUUAUUAAAAUUCUUGGCUCCGCCACUGCCCUCUACCCCACAAAUAUUAUUGUUGGUUGAAGAAGUGAUUCCUGUGCAAAUAAACUACGGAAGAGUAAUUGGGUCUCCUUUCUUGCUUAGCAAAUGGUUUAAGAAUGCUUGUUGAUUUUCUUGAAAAAAGGGAGAUUUUUCUUUGAUCCAGGAAUGAUUUUACUUUUUUUGCACUGAAGAAUUGUACCAAAUAAAAUGUAAAACUGAUUAGUGGAAGUGUUCUGGAGCAUCAUAUUUUGUUAAGUCUGAAAAGGGUUUGAUUUCUUAAGUGCAUUUCUAUUCCUUUUUGUUAGGUUGGAAAAGUAUUGCGGAUACAGAAGGUACCAAGGAAUGGGUCUGAAAAUGGGAAUGGUUAUUUAGGUCUAACCAAUCAGGAAUGCGUCUUGUGGAAAGAAGUUAAUGAGAUUGUAUCAGCUCCUACAAGGGAAAUAGCUCAGCACUAUUUUGUGCAGCAUGUGAUGUGCCCGCUUUUGGGUUCUGGACACGUUGAUGCAGGGAUUAGCAUUCAGGUGACCCAAGAAUUUCUGGAAACCGUUGAAAGCAAUGUCCUCUCACAGCGUCCUGCUUGGCGUGUUGAUGCUGCAAAGGUCAAUCCCCUAUGUGUUUCUGUUAUGCUCAUGUCCGAUCAUUCAAUGUUCCCACUCGGUAUGUGUAAAGAGGCAUGCAGCAUUUCUGUAGAAAUUAAGCCUAAGUGUGGAUUCCUUCCACACUCAGAAUUUAUCGCAGAAGAUAAUGCUAUUAAAAAGAGUGUAACUCGUUUUCAAAUGCAUCAGGCUCUAAAAUUGAACCAAGGAAAG